AUGUCCUGGUUCUGGACUUUUCUGCCUCUCCAUCUUCUCAUGGUGGCUUGCUUGUGUCAUUCCAUAAAAGCACCCAUCACCAGUUCCCAACAGAGUUUCAAGACUGACCUCUUCAAUUUCUACCACUCCCUGAUACUUGCUGAUGGUAAGGAAACUACAAUUCACCUGAUGAAGGAUAUACCUAAAAGGUACUACUUUGUUUUGGAGGAAGGCAGAGCCCUUGCACCUUUCACAAUAACGGUGACCCCCUGUGAUGUUCCCAUCGAAUGGAGCAUACUUGUGCACAAGGCUUCAGCAAGUCUCCUCGGAAAAGCAGCACGAGGUGAUCAUGAGACACAAGAGGUCUCAAAAUCUCAGAAGGCUCCAGGCAUGGUGUCCACCGUUUUUAGCUAUAAGGGAAACUCUGUAGAGACUUACAUGGGUAUGUCUUCUCAUUCUGCCCUUUACAUGCUAGAGUUCUUAUCCACUGAGCGAGACACACACAUUACCGUGUACUUAACUACUGACACAACAUCAGGGCACCUCUAUCCAGAACUUCCAAUGGAUCCACGCAUAGAUGUUAUUGGCGUUGGGCAUACAACAGUGACUCUGACCUGGAAACACAGUCCCUCUGUCUUGCAACAUAGAGAAAACAUCCAAUACUGUCUUCUAGUUAAUGAAAAGCACAACUAUAAGAGCUUAUGUGCUGCUGAGACAGCAAUCAGGUCCUCUGGAAUGAAACUGCCACCUACAUUAGCUUUGUCUCUCUCUCCAUACCUUUUCGAACCGCAGCAAGUGAUGAUAUUGUCCAACAGUGAACUGAGCAUCAUCAACAAAGCAAGUAGUGGGGAGGUCAGGCAGAUAUGCAUGGGGACCAAGAACACUUACACAGUGCCCAACCUCAGUCCCAGCACUCAGUAUUACUUCGAUGUUUUUGUGGUCAAUCUCCUCACAAAUGCCAGCGCUGCUUACACCGGGACGUUUGCAAGAACCCUGGAAGAACCUGAACCCAAGGUGAUGGAGCUGAAAGAUGGGAAAGUGAUCCAGGUUGUCCUGGAUGGGCAAAACCAGAAACUCUACAGCCUGCGGUACCAGGCAAGGCACAAGAAAAUACAAUUCACCUUUCAGUUGUGUCGUGGCCAAGUACGCGUUCACAUAACAAAGAAUGGUAGAACAGUGGCAUUGGAGAACAUCUCAGGGCUGAGGUAUUUCUCACUGAAGGGAAAGCUGCUGGACACGUAUCUGGUGCAGCUGAGGUCCACAGAGGAGUCUAACUCUUCUGUGAAAGUACAGGUGUCCCCUCAGUUCCACAAGCCCUUAUUCCCACUUCUUCCAGAGAGCUUAAAGAUCAAGUCCUUCAGUAAACUGAGGACCUGCAACUCUGUCACCAUUGCCUGGCUAGGAACACAAGAGGAGAGCAAGUACUGUGUGUACAAGAAAAGGAUUGAAGAAGAUCAGGUCUGGAUGGAACUGCAGAGUGUGGACAGGUGCUCUGGACCUGAAUCUCGGCACAAGUCAGAGAAAGUGCUGUGCAAGUAUUUCUACAAUAUAAAUCUCCAGCGAGCUGUCACCACAGAGACCAUCAAAGGGCUGGAUGCGGGGACGCUUUACUUGUUUGAUGUUUAUCUCUUUGGGCCAUCUGGCAUCCCUGUCAGAUAUCAUAGCAAAGUUGUGAAGACCAGGAAAAAAUGUUUAAGGUUUUAA